AUGCGAGGCGUGCGACCGCCGGCGCGGGCUCUCGGCGUCAGCCCCCGAUCAGUACAGCGUUCGCAGAAGGUCAUUCUUAAUGAUAUCUUGCCUUCACCAUUUCUAAGAGGCUCCAAAUACCGUGGGCAUGUCUGUUCCAUCUCAAGCAAUCAUUUAUACUCGACCGCAACUGGAUCAUUGCGCGAAAGGCCCGGUCGCGUCACUCGACCAGCCGAGGUUCACCUGGUACAUUUCCAAAAUCGUUCCCAACCCGUCGCUUCAAGGUCGACUAUCAUCAAUCGUUUACGGUCACUGAGUACCUCCUCGCGUCUUUGCGAAGCCAAACCGAGCGUGUUGCCUUCAUCAUCCUCUCGAACCAAUACUCCCUCUGUUCCGGAAAAGGCAGCUGAGGUUGCACAAGAUGAAGGGUUCGAGCUUUCAGAGAAAGCUGCUCAGGCAGCCCAGGUCAACCUUCGUGCCAGGCUAGCAAAGGACGGUGCAUCUGGCAAGAAGUCUGGCUUCGGCGAAAUCUGGCGACUCCUGAAAAUUGCGCGCCCGGAGGCCAAGGCGCUUGGAUUCGCGUUCUUCUUCCUGCUGAUCUCCUCCUCCAUCACCAUGUCUAUUCCCUUCUCAAUUGGUAAGAUCAUUGAUGGAGCUACGAAGAGUGAGGCGGAAGGCGGCGGACAGCUUUUCGGAUUGAGUAUUCCCACCUUCUACACAGCUUUGGGCGGCGUUUUGCUCAUCGGUGCCGCCGCCAAUUAUGGACGAAUCAUCAUCCUGCGAAUUGUUGGCGAACGCAUUGUGGCGCGUUUGCGCUCCAAGCUGUUCCGGCAAACUUUUGUCCAGGAUGCAGAGUUCUUCGAUGCGAACCGUGUCGGCGAUCUUAUCUCCCGGCUUAGCUCCGAUACUAUUAUCGUCGGCAAGAGCAUCACCCAGAACUUGUCUGAUGGUCUUCGGGCUGGUGUCAGUGGUGUUGCUGGAUUUACUCUGAUGGCCUACACGAGUCUCAAGCUGUCAAGUGUUUUGGCUGUCCUGUUGCCUCCGAUUGGUCUAGCUGCACUCUUCUACGGCCGAGCGAUUCGGAAUCUCAGUCGCCAGAUUCAGAAGAAUUUGGGAUCACUCACCAAAAUUGCUGAGGAGCGCCUGGGUAACGUGAAGACGAGUCAGUCUUUUGCUGGUGAAAUAUUGGAGGUCAACCGUUACAAUAAACAGGUUCGCAAGAUUUUCGACUUGGGCAAAAAGGAAUCACUGAUUAGUGCCACAUUCUUUAGCUCGACGGGUUUGAUGGGCAAUUUGACCAUUCUGUCUCUGCUUUACUUCGGAGGUGGCAUGGUUCAAUCCGGAGCGAUCAGUAUUGGAGAGUUGACGUCUUUCCUUAUGUAUACUGCUUAUGCGGGCUCCAGUAUGUUUGGUUUGUCGAGCUUCUAUUCUGAACUUAUGAAAGGCGUUGGAGCUGCCAGCCGGUUGUUCGAGCUACAGGAUCGUCAACCGACGAUACACCCAACCAAAGGCUUCAAGGUCGAGUCUGCACGAGGACCCAUCCGAUUUGAAAAUGUCUCCUUCAGCUACCCGACCCGACCUGCUGUGACAAUUUUCAAAGAUCUGAACUUUGAGAUUCCUCAGGGCACCAACGUUGCGAUUGUCGGACCUUCUGGAGGUGGUAAAUCGACGAUUGGCUCAAUCUUGCUCCGCUUCUAUAGUCCCAACAGCGGCCGCGUCCUCGUCAAUGGAAAAGACAUCAAGGACAUGAACGCCAAGUCACUUCGAAGAAAGAUCGGUGUGGUCGCUCAAGAACCCGUCCUUUUCUCCGGAACCAUUGCCGAAAAUAUUUCUUACGGUCGCCCCCAUGCUACGCGAUCGGAGAUCGUGGCUGCGGCCCGCAAGGCCAAUUGCCAGUUCAUCAGUGACUUUCCCGAUGGUCUUGACACCCAUGUUGGAGCUCGUGGCGCGCAAUUGUCUGGCGGACAAAAGCAGCGCAUUGCAAUUGCCCGGGCCUUAAUCAAGGAGCCAGAUAUCUUGAUUCUCGAUGAAGCCACCUCGGCCCUGGACGCCGAGUCGGAAACGCUAGUCAACAGUGCGUUGGCGGCUCUCCUCCGCGGUAACAACACCACCAUCAGUAUUGCUCACCGGCUUUCCACCAUCAAGCGCUCCGACACCAUUAUCGUACUUGCACCUGAUGGGACAGUCGCUGAGCAAGGCUCUUACGAGGAACUUAGCUCUCGCCCCAAUGGUGCUUUCACCAAGCUCAUGGAGUGGCAAAUGAGCGGCGGAGACCAAGUCCCUCCUCUGCGCUCGAUUCCUCCCGAGGAACUCUUCAAGCUCGAAAACGAGAUUGAGGAGCCGGAGCCGGAGGAGGAAGAAGAAGAAGAAGAAGAAGAAGAAGAGACCGCCGAGGCCAAAGCUCGGAGGCGAGAGUAG